CAAUGUUUAACCUAAUCUUGCUAACAUGUCACUGAACAACAACAAUCGAGGUUCUCACAGUUAUGGUGGCCGUGGUUAUCGUGGAUCAAGCAGAGGUGAAAGAGCAGGCAACACCAACUAUGGUGGCAGAGGACCACCAGCUGAAAAUGGAGCUUCAAUUUCCACCACCCCAACUGAAAAUCGCCAAGCUCACAUCUCACAAACCACCACAAGUCAAGAUUUGUCAACUUCUUGGUACAUUGACAGUGGUGCCGCGCACCAUAUGACAAACAAUUCAGACAAUCUCACCUCCUCUUCAGAUUACAAGGACAAAGCCAAAGUGAUUGUUGUCAUAAGCCUUUUGAAAAUCUAGCUUGAUCAUACAAUAAGGCUUAGAAUUCUUCCUUUCGUAAUAUCGCACAAAAUCUUGAAAAAUCAUGAUGUUAUGGGCAAUAAACCUACCUUGCACAAACCAUCCCUGAUUAGGAGAUGUUAGUGAAGGUAGAAACUGGCUCAGUUUGGAACAUAUCAUCUUAUAAGUAGCAACUUUGUACAGUACAUUACAACAUGCUAUUGGCCUGAAAUUGCUAACAUUUUUUGGGUAAGGAACUUUCAAAAUCAGUGUCAAGGUUGUGGUAUUGAGCUCCUUUAGAAGCAUGCCUAAAUGCAAGAAAUCUAGUACUUCCAUACAAACAUCCUCUAGCACUAAAUCCCAAUUAUCUGUUGGAAUAUGUUUUACCAGUAUCUAGAUUUACUACCAUGUAUGUUGUUUAACAUCCUAAAUAUGAAUUUCUAAAAUAAUGUAAAUAAACACAUAUAAAAUUUGAGAAAUCUUACAGUGGUUACAGCGGAAUUAAAUGACUCAUUCCGCUUAGAUCUCUAACCCUUGUAUCCUUUCUGUAGCAGAGUAUCACUAAGAUUUGAGCCCGAAACUCCUUCUCUUGAAUUUGGAUUCUUCACAGUCUUACACACUAUGAUUGAGGACCAACUUGUUAUGUGUGGGCAUGUACUCAAUCACUAAUGGCUGAAUUUUGGUUUGUGAAGAAGAGGCUAUGGUGUUUCGAAUUGAAGAAGAAGAAAAGGAAGAGCCCUCAUCAACCUAGAGAGAAAACUAGGUUUUUAGCUUUGGAGGCAUUAGUUGGAUAAUGAGAUCAUAUCCUUCUUUUUAUACUAUUCUUCAAUAAGGUUAGGGCUGAAUUAUUAGGAAUAAAA